AGCGCCAUGGCUGAGGCUCUGACAGUACCUCUUUCUGUCGAAGACGAGAAAGCUCGCAAGUCGUCUCUGGAGAACUCCCAGAAUGAUUCACUGGAAUCGAUAGAGAGGAUCAGGGAAAUUGAUCCUGACAUUGAAAGAAGAGUCGUAUGCAAGUGUGACUGGUGGGUUGUGCCUGCUCCGACAAUCAUCUUCAUGCUUUCUUUCAUCGAUCGAGUCAACAUCGCAAACGCUAGGAUCGAAGGUAUGCUGACAGACCUUCACAUGGUCAAGCAUGACUACAACAUUGCUUUGUUCAUCGUCUUUAUUCCAUUCAUCCUGUGCGAAACUCCAAGCAACAUGAUCCUCAAGCGCAUCACCCCACGCGUCUGGUUGAGCUUCUUGCUGUUCGGCUGCGGACUCAUGGCGAUCUGUCAGGGCGUGACGAAGUCCUUCGCUGGCCUGGUAGUCUGCCGUUUUAUCCUGGGAAUCUUCGAAGCCGGUAUCUCUCCUGGAAGCAUCCUUCUCAUCACCAUGUACUACCGUCGUGAAGAGCUGCCUCGCAGGAUCAGCUGGUGGUACAUGUCAGGUACCAUAGCAGGCGCUUUUGGUGGUCUGCUUGCGUACGCUCUGGCAAACAUUGAGGGCGAAGCCAAGAUGGAUCGAGUCAACUGGUCCAGAUGUGCAAGAGACUGGAAAGUCUGGGUUGCGUGGGUCUUCCUUGUCGUUUCUGGUGUGCAAUGGCUGAUGAUCAAGAACAGAACUGCAAUGUACUUUGGUGUUGUAGCACUCAACUACUCGACCAAUAAUUUCAAUCCAACUCUCCUAAAGGAGCUUGGCUAUACAUCUGCAGCAGCACAGGUCAGUUGUCCUGGAUAUCCACAAUGCAAGCCUAACACAGGUAGNAUUCACUCGAUUCCUUUGUAUGUCGUUGCCAGUGCCUUCUGUCUUGGGUCUUGCUACCUGUCGACAUCCAUCAACAACAGAUUCUGGCCCUUACAAUUCGGCGUGCUCCUCGGCAGCGUUGGCUUCAUCAUUCUUCUGGUCCAGAAAUCACCUAUAAUUGGACCUGGAAUUGCAUACAUGGCGCUCUUCUUCAUUACCAGUGCUGGUUACAUUGUACAGCCCAUGGUCGUGUCGUGGGUCAUGAACAAUGCAUCUGGGCAUUACAAGAGGGCGUUUACCUCGGGUACCAUGAUCGGCUUGGGCAAUGCUGGUGGACUGGUAUCAAGCAAUGUCUUCCUCCAGGAAGAGGCACCAUACUACCCGACCGGAUACGGGACAUCGUUGGCAUUGCUGAUCCUGACAAGCAUCGCGGCAGUAGUGUUCUACCUUGGGCUCAAGAGGGAGAAUGCCAAACGAGACGCUGGCAAGCGUGACGACUGGCUUCAGCUGUCGGAUGCUGACAAUCUUGGGGACGACCAUCCCUCUUUUCGCUUCAGUUUCUGA